AUGGACGAGAGCCUGAUCCCAAGCAAGGACGGUGCCACAGCAGGUGCAGAGAAGUUAAAGUACGUGGUUGGUGAUGAGAAGAAGCUGUGGGACAAGCUGAAGUUCGUGACACUCGUCCUCCUCUUCCUACGGGUCUGUUUGAAUGUAUAUAUGAUGCUGGUGCGCAGGAAAGAGACGAGCCAGACAGAGGAAAUGUUCGGCUGGGCCAGGCUCAGCGUGUACGUCGUGUACGUAAAUAAUUUUGAAUCGUGUGUUUUCGCCAUAUACUUACUUCGUUUAUGCGCGUAUGUUGGUGUCACUUGCUGUUGUCCACGCAUUUGGGGACCCGCAGCUCAAGACUGUGCUGGGUGGUCAGCACUUGUGUGCCUGAGGUUCUUGACUGUUGAUCACUUCUUCCGAUACAGGCGGUGGGUUAAGUCGUAUGUUCGAAACAGGCAUUUGACCACGUGUUGCACACUGAUGUAUCCGGUCCUCUUUGCGGUAUUCGGGAGCAUCGGUGUGGUCGCUCUCGCAGUCAAGGUGGUCCGUGUGUCCAGCGGUUUGCAGCAAGAUGACGGUUUCGUGCUCUGCCAUUGGCUGAAGUUGGCCGCUUUCGCAAACCAAAUGAUCUCUCUGACCGAUAUAUCCUCCAUAAGGAUGGCACAGCAACAGAUCGCAAUCUUCGAUAAGAACACACACGCGAGUGGAGGAAACGCCGAGAUCGACCCAGGCGAGAGGAAUCAGAUAAUCUUAUUUUUCAACGCGUGUGCGCAAAAGAUUUGGAAAUCCACUGCCUAUGGCUAUAUACAGAAGACGGUGAUACUCGCAACAUUCGACCACAAUGACCUUCAUCUGGUAAGCCUGAAACAUAGGAGAAGUUACGAGAAGCAGAAUCCACAGAAGGAGAAGCCGUCAGAUACAGAAGAAGGAUCCGCCACGGACCUGCACCUGAGGGGCGAGGCAGUCCUACUCUGUGUCAUAGCUGGAGCGUUCAUUGUUGGCGGGACAGCGUCCGUUGUGAAGCAGGCACUUGACUCGUGUUGA